AUGUCUCUAAAUAUCGCACAGCACCACUCGCAUAACCUUUUGAAACAGUUCCAAAUUCCUGUUCCCGAAGGGUUUGUAGUCAAGAGUCCUGAGGCAGCUCGGGAUGUUGUAUACAACAUUGGUGCACCAUCAGUCAUGAAGGCGCAAAUACUUGCGGGCGGGCGAGGUAAGGGCAAGUAUAACAGCGAUGGAAAAGGUGGCGUUCGCAUUGUCGACUCACCGGACGAGGCUUUCGAAAAUGCAUCCAAUAUGAUCGGUUACUCUCUCGUCACGAAGCAAACACCACCCGACGGUCUUCCAGUAAACAAACUAUACAUCUACAAAUCGGUCGAUAUUGCCCAAGAGUUCUACGUGGCUAUUACCUUCGAUCGCGCACGGUACAAGCCUGUUCUCCUAAUGUCUGAUGAUGGUGGCGUCAAUAUUGAGUCGAACGUAAAUCAGCUCCAGCGGUUUUGGUUCAAUCUCUCUACUGGAAUCACUCCUGAGAUUGCAGCUUAUAUUGAAGCACAAUUUGGGUUUUCGGACGACGACAUGGGUAUGGUCACACAUAUCUUGCGUCAGCUAGUAAAGCUAUUCCGGGAGAAAGACGCUACUCUUCUUGAACUGAACCCUUUCGUGCGUACAACGGAAGGGUCUUUGAUUUGUAUAGAUGCGAAGUUCAACUUUGAUGACUCGGCGAAGUUUCGACAGCCUGAGCUGGUUAGUCUCGUGGAACACUCGGCGGAGGAGAAAGAUGAAUACGAAGCUUCCCAGCUGGGUCUUUCCUACAUCCGGCUGGACGGGAAUAUUGGUGUUAUUGUUAAUGGUGCUGGUUUAGCCAUGGCGACUAAUGACUUAGUUACCUUGUACGGCGGGAACUGUGCGAACUUCCUGGAUAUUGGUGGAGGUGCGACAAAAGAGACAUUGUCAAAGGCAUUUUCAAUUCUACAGGGCGAUUCCCGCACAAAGGCGCUGUUCAUCAAUAUAUAUGGCGGGAUUGUUCGUUGUGAUAUGAUUGCCGAGUCGAUACUGGCCGCUUCUGCUGCGAUGGGAGGGUUCAGCAUUCCAGUUGUGGUUCGGCUACAAGGUACAAACUAUGAAAAGGGCUUUAAAUUGGGAAACAAUAUAAUUUUAGAGGCCGAUUUCGAUGCAGCUGCUAAAAAGAUCGUCGAGCUUACAAAUAGUUCGUGA